UUGGAAAAUGAACACAAACACGGCUUCAAUACAAUUAAAAGUAUAACCCUACUACUACUGUACACAAAUGCUUCUUGAAGUAUAUCGUGGCUUGAAUAAUUAAAAUGUGGCCGCACUCCCAGCCGCCAACGACCCGCGCGAGGAUCGAUCGAACGAGUAGGACUUUGAGUUUCGUCGCUUCGAUCGCAUGGUGUCCAUGAUGGACCCGAGCAGGUCGGACGCGCGCUCGGAUGACCGGACGCUGCCCCGCGCGGCAUACCUUCCAGGGCAAAUGCCGCCGUCGGUAUCCCAUUCGACGGGGAUGUCAAGGUUGAGGUCGCCCAGGAACGCUCGCAGGUCGUUGGGCUCUUCGAACUUGACACACACCUUGUCUUGUGGAGAGAGGAUCAUUUUGAGUUUCAGGUUGGCUUCCCACGUCAUUUUCGUAAUGUCGUCGAGUGCGACGCGGGUGUUGGUGUUGAGGAAUACGAUCUCUUGGUCCUGUGGACACACUUCGAUGGCCAUGUACUUGCGGGAGAAACCGACCUUCUCGAACAGCGUCGUGCACUUCUUCGUGUAGUACACGCCCAUCGAGUCUGUUGGUGCAAUGUCGACGUGGAUGAAAUGCCAAACCCAACUGCUGC